CGCGUUUACGGCGCGACCGAAACGACAGCCGUGCGUUGUUUGUGAGUGAGCUGGUGGUGGUCUCCGAUCGUUUAAAUCGUUAUUUUGGUCAUUUUAAAAAUAUACGUUGACAGCUUUGCACGUUAUUGUGCGUAUCUAGUUUCACUGGGAAGACUGUGGACUCUUUAGAAGAUGUCUUUAGCAGAUGAGCUGCUUGCUGAUUUGGAGGAAGCAGGAGAUGAAGGUGAGGAUGGGCUGUACCCAGGUGGGGAGGGGGAGGGGAGUGACGAGGAGGGGAGGGACAGGGAGGCCAAUGGAGGUCUCGAUGACAUACCGGAGGAGAUGGAGCUGGAUUACAGCGGGACAGAAAGCGUGGCGUCCAUAGCGAAACUACGGAACAGUAAAUCGUUUUCUGAAAUCAUGGAAAAGAUUGCGCAGUAUGUUGGGAAUCCACGCAAGAACACAGAUGUGUCCGGCCCCGUGGAGGCAGACCCUGAGUACAGGCUCAUCGUUGCUGCCAACAACCUGACUGUGGAAAUCGAUAAUGAAUUGAAUAUCAUUCACAAAUUUGUUCGUGACAAAUACUCCAAGAGAUUCCCAGAGCUAGAGUCACUGGUGCCCAAUGCCCUAGACUACAUUAGAACAGUGAAGGAGCUGGGGAACAACCUGGAAAAAUGUAAGAACAAUGAGAUUCUGCAACAGAUCCUGACUAAUGCUACCAUCAUGGUGGUCAGUGUCACUGCCUCCACAACACAGGGGACAUUACUGGGUGAAGAGGAACUCCAGCGAUUGGAGGAGGCAUGUGACAUGGCUCUUGAGCUCAACCAGUCAAAACACAGGAUCUAUGAGUAUGUGGAAUCCAGGAUGUCCUUCAUUGCUCCUAAUCUGUCCAUCAUAGUCGGGGCAUCCACGGCUGCCAAAAUCAUGGGUAUUGCUGGAGGACUGACUAACCUGUCCAAGAUGCCAGCAUGUAACCUGAUGCUGUUGGGUGCUCAGAGGAAGACCCUGUCUGGUUUCAGCAGCACCUCUCUGCUUCCUCACACUGGCUACAUCUACCACUGUGAUGUGGUGCAGUCUCUUCCUCCGGACCUGAGGAGGAAGGCAGCGCGGUUGGUGUCAGCCAAGUGUACGCUAGCAGCUCGUGUGGACAGUUUUCAUGAGAGUCCUGAUGGCAAGGUUGGGUAUGACCUAAAGGAAGAAAUUGAACGGAAAUUUGAUAAGUGGCAGGAGCCACCGCCCGUCAAACAAGUGAAGCCCCUUCCAGCACCACUGGACCCCUCGCGGAAAAAGAGAGGAGGCAGAAGGUAUCGUAAGAUGAAGGAGAGGUUGGGACUCACUGAGAUCAGAAAACAUGCAAACAGAAUGACCUUUGCAGAGAUUGAGGACGAUGCAUAUCAGGAGGAUCUGGGCUUCAGUCUGGGUCAGCUGGGGAAAUCUGGCAGUGGCAGAGUGAGACAGGCACAGGUCAAUGAUGCCACAAAGGCCCGCAUCUCCAAAUCUCUGCAGCGGACUUUGCAGAAGCAGAGCAUGACCUAUGGUGGGAAGUCUACAGUCAGAGACAGAUCUUCAGGAACCAGCUCCAGCGUCGCAUUCACCCCAUUACAGGGUCUGGAGAUCGUCAACCCACAGGCUGCAGAAAAGAAGGUGGCUGAGGCGAACCAGAAAUACUUCUCUAAUAUGGCAGAGUUCCUCAAAGUCAAGAGAGAGGGAGAUGGCAAAGUGUGAGCUUAAAACUGUCCGACACAUAUAGAUAGAGGCAUGACUGGGCACUAUCUGCGGCUGUUGCCUCUGAAAGGACUGUAAGAAGCACUUGUUUGUGUUUCUUAGUUCCAAGUUCCUGGGUUUGUUUCUCUUAAGUUUUUUUUUU